AUUUCACACAGAUCAUUCUCCGAAUCUGAUAAGCCUUCCCCAGAAAGUACAGAGUUACCUGUGGACUGGAGUAUUAAAACUCGACUCCUUUUCACCUCUUCUCAACCCUUUACCUGGGCAGAUCAUUUGAAAGCACAGGAAGAGGCUCAGGGUGUCGUCCAGCAUUGCAGAGCAACAGAAGUGACUCUGCCUCAAAGCAUACAGGACCCCAAGCUCUGCACUGAGCUGCGCUGUGCUUUCCAGCAGAGCCUUGUCUACUGGCUCCACCCCGCCUUUCCCUGGCUCUCCCUGUUCCCUCGGAUGGGAGCCGACCGGAAAAUGUCCGCAAAGACAAGCCCUUGGUCGAAUGAUGAAUCCCUACAACGCAUUCUAAUGAGUGACUGGUCUGUGAGCUUCACUUCUUUGUAUAAUCUUCUGAAGACAAAACUUUGCCCCUAUUUCUACGUUUGUACCUAUCAAUUUACUAUCCUGUUUCGUGCAUCAGGAUUAGCAGGAAAUGAUGUAAUCACGGCUCUCAUGUCUCCUACAACUAGAGGCAUAAGAGAAGCUAUGAAAAAUGAAGGUAUUGAAUUUUCUCUGCCUUUAGUAAAAGAAAGUGGCCAUGAGAAGAAGAAAGCAUCUGGGACAAGCUUGGGACAUGGGGAGGAGCAAGCAAUCAGUGAUGAAGAUGAAGAAGAAAGUUUUUCCUGGCUGGAAGAGAUGGGUGUGCAAGAUAAAAUUAAAAAGCCAGACAUACUCUCUAUCAAGCUGCGUAAGGAGAAACAUGAAGUACAAAUGGAUCACAGACCUGAGUCUGUUGUGUUGGUGAAGGGAACAAACACCUUUACGUUGCUAAAUUUUUUGAUCAACUGUAAGAGCUUAAUUGCUACUUCAGGUCCACAGGCAGGACUUCCACCAACUCUCUUAUCCCCGAUAGCUUUCCGAGGUGCCACCAUGCAAAUGCUUAAGAGAGAAACAUCAAUUGAUUGCCUUCCGCACGUGGCCCGACUGGGCAUCAAAGUCACAACCUGGGCACGAAGUGUAAAUGUGAAGACACAGGUUGUUUCUGGAUACAAAGAUCAAUUCAGCUUGGAGAUCACAGGUCCUGUCAUGCCUCAUUCUCUACAUGCUAUGACCAUGCUACUCGGAUCUUCACAGAGUGGGUCAUUUUCUGCAGGACUGUAUACACAUGAGCCAACCGCUGUGUUCAACAUCUGCCCUCCAGUGGAUAAAGUACUGGGAAAGGAGACUGUUCGUGAGGAGCUUGCUAACUGUGGGUUGCACCCUAAGACUCUGGACCAACUUAGCCAAACACCAGUACUGGGGAAAUCAUCCUUACGGAAUGUGGAGAUGAGUGACUACCUUUAUAAUUGGAGAUCCUGAACGCCAAAGUAAGCCUAAAAGGAAUCUUUGAGGAAAAAAGCCUCUGGCAAGGAAAUUCAAGAUUUUUAUACCCUUGGCUUUAAAUUUCAUUUUGGAAGGGAAUAUUCAAAUGUUUAUAAACAUUAGCCGUUAAUAUUUAUUACAUGCAUGUGUUAAGAUUUUAGAUCAACAUUCUCCAGUUUCACUAUUUUUUGAUAAGAUAUUCACAUAUGAAAAACUCAAGUAACUUGAAUGAGAACUAGAUCCCUAUAACUUAAUGAUAAACUGAAUAGAAAAUUGAAUCAAUGUCAGUGCUUCCUUUCAAAUGGGAAAUUGAGGCUAAAUUAGUAUCAAUGACAUCUGGGCAAAACUAACCAUUUACCAAGGAUUAUGAGCAGGUUCUAGCUUGUAAAGUUUGAAACCAAAUUUAUACAAUAUCUACUGAGUUGAUUGUU